AUGAAGGUCCUCCUGCUUUUCGGAUUGGUGGCUUUUGCCCUGGCUGACAGCACUCGCUUCGAGGGAGAGAAAGUCUUCCGUCUGAAGCCUGUGCUUGAUGAGCAUGUGACCCUUAUUAGGGAUUUGGCUAAAAGCAUCGAGGUCGACUUCUGGAAACCCGAGACUGCUGAGCUGGUGACCAUCGACAUCGAUGUUGACAUCCGUGUGCCUGCUCUGUACCUGGAUAUGGUGUACACCCUCCUGCAGCAAAGUGACAUUGAGCACGAGGUUCUAAUCGAGGAUCUUCAGGCUGCUGUUGAUGGCCAGUCUGACAGCGGGCCUACUCCAAGGGCCCACAGCUACACCAAUUAUAACAGCUGGGACAAAGUCCAUUCCUGGAUUAACUCCAUUGCCACCUCCAACAGUCUGAUCAGCAAGCAGGUGAUUGGAAGCACCUACGAGGGACGCCCCAUGACUGUCCUUAAGCUCGGAAAGAAGUCUGACUCAACCAAGCCCGCUAUCUUCCUGGAUUGUGGUAUCCAUGCUAGAGAAUGGAUCUCUCCUGCUUUCUGCCAGUGGUUUGUCAAGGAGGCUCUGUCCACCUAUGGCAGCGAUUCUCAGAUGACCAGCCUUCUCAAUGAGAUGGACGUCUUUGUUCUGCCUGUUUUCAACAUCGAUGGUUAUGACUUCACCCACAAGAGUAACAGGAUGUGGAGGAAAACUCGCUCCAGGAAGUCUGGAUCCAGCUGCAUUGGAGCUGAUCCCAACAGGAACUUCAACGCUGGCUGGUGCUCCAUGGGAGCUUCCAACAACCCCUGCAGCGACACCUUCUGUGGGUACUCUCCAGAGUCUGAGAUUGAGGUGAAGAAUGUUGCCGAUUUCAUCCGCAGGAACAAGUCCGUCAUCAAGGCCUACCUCACCAUCCACUCCUACUCCCAGCUGCUGCUCUUCCCCUACUCCUACACCUAUGAGCUGGCUGCCGACCACAGUGAGCUGAUGAAGGUUGCUGUGGGAGCUUCUAAUGCUCUGCGUAGUCUGUAUGGAACCCAGUACACCAGCGGACCCGGUGCUACUACCAUCUACCCUGCUGCUGGAGGCUCUGAUGACUGGGCCUACGACCUGGGAGUGAAAUAUUCCUACACCUUCGAGUUGCGUGACACUGGUCGUUAUGGCUUCCUGCUGCCCGCGUCUCAGAUCAAGCCCACAUGCGAGGAGACCAUGCUGGCCGUCAAGUACAUUGCCGCCUACGUGCAGAAGAACCUCUAUUAA